UGGCCAUCGGGAACACUGCAGUAAACAUGGACAUUCGUUUGGUCUGACUAGAAUUAUUUGUGUUGGCAGAGAGGCUCGUCUUAAGAUUAUUCCUAACAAGCCCAGAAGGAGAAAGGGCAAAUUGCUGUCUGCUUGUCUCUAAUGAGGCUCUCAGGGACCAUGGCCCUCUUGACCAUGGAAGUUCCUCUGAAGAGCUUGCCCUGUGGAUCCCCAGAUGUCCUUCUGCUCCUGACGGCUGAGCCCAGGCUCCAGAGCAUCCUGCAUACAGUCCAACAACACCAUGACAUUUCUCCUCCCUAAGAACGACAUCUUCUGGCCAAGUGAAGAGUGUGAAGCAAGCCCAGCACUUCUGGUGACAUCGCCGACUGCCAUCUGCUCCCAGAGUCAGUUGUCCAGUCAUCACCAGGAUUCCCAAGUUUGAGGAUUUACUCAUCUUUGUCUGUUCAUAGUCAAAUGAGAGGCAGCAACCAGUCGAGUGUCUCUGAGUUCCUCCUCCUGGGACUCUCCAGGGAUCCCCAGCAGCAGCGGCUCCUCUUCCUGCUCUUCCUCACCAUGUACCUGGCCACUGUCCUGGGGAACCUGCUCAUCAUCCUGGCCAUCGGCACAGACUCCCGCCUGCACACCCCCAUGUACUUCUUCCUCAGCAACCUGUCCUUCGUGGAUGUCUGCUUCUCCUCCACCACUGUCCCCAAGGUGCUGGCCAACCACAUACUUAGAACUCAGGCCAUUUCCUUCUCUGGGUGUCUUACACAGAUGUAUUUUCUUUUCAUGUUUGUGGAUAUGGACAAUUUCCUGCUGGCUGUGAUGGCCUAUGACCGUUUUGUGGCCAUCUGCCACCCUUUACACUACACAACAAAGAUGACCCAAAAAGUCUGUGUCCUGAUGGUGGCAGGAUCGUGGGUCACUGCCAAUCUGAAUGUUCUGUUACACACCCUGCUCAUUGCUCAGCUCUCAUUCUGUGGGGACAAUUCCAUCCCACACUUUUUCUGUGACAUUACUCCCCUCCUGAAACUGUCCUGCUCUGACACACACCUCAAUGAGCUGAUGAUCCUCACAGAGGGAGCUGUUGUCAUGGUCACCCCUUUUGUCUGCAUCCUGAUCUCCUACAUCCACAUCACAUCUGCUGUCCUGAGAGUCUCAUCCCCAAGGGGAAGAUGGAAAGCCUUCUCCACGUGUGGCUCCCACCUGGCUGUGGUCUGUCUCUUCUAUGGCACCAUCAUCGCCGUGUAUUUCAACCCUGCAUCUGCACAUUCAUCUGAGAAGGACACGGCAGCCACCGUGCUGUACACAGUGGUGACCCCCAUGCUGAACCCGUUCAUCUACAGCCUGCGGAACAGUGACCUGAAAGGGGCUCUCUACAGAGUGGUCCACAGAAGGACCUUUUCUGUUUAAUGAGAAGAUUUGUACUGAUUCUUAUUCCCUAUCAUGUUUCAGAGUUGAGCACAAUUUGAAACUGGACUGUGUAAAGCUCAUUUAAAAACCAAUUGUUUAUUUCAUUUUAGGGGACUCUCAUUCACCAGCUGCCAUAAUGGAGUUACCAAAUAAUGGGACUCCACCUUUUUUUGUCUUGAUUGUUUCUUGGGUUCUAGGGAUGGAACCCAGGAGUCUUCACA